GUAUAGUCGUCCAUGCCCGGGUUACUCACAAGCGCUACAAGUUAACCUUUGCUCAGGACGCCGGUUCUAAUUCGAUCACUUUAACCACGGGAUUUGAUUUGGAUUUAUGUGUUUAAUGAAACCCACCGCUAACACUCGAAUACUCGGCGGAUAUUGUGGGGUUCUUCAGCGUACUGUUGAGAAAUGCGGUGAUUCCGCCGAGUGAUGCUCACAUUGCUUUCUGGGAAAAGCGCUACGUCCUCCCAUGGUCCAGUGUUUAAUUCACUGUAGAGUAGAUGGUGUUUAAGUCUCACCAUGGGUCCUGACACUACGCCACAAAAAGGAAGAGAGGUGGGCUCUGCUGAACCCUGGACGCCGACCUGCAAUCUGAAAAUGCUGAUCAGUGCUGCAAGUCCCGACAUUAGGAACCGAGAAAAGGAGCUUUGCCCUGACCCUGAUGAACUUGAUGAUCCAGACCUCACCCAAGACAGUAAAAAUGAAGAGGAGUCAAAGAAAAUUGUCAGCAGGAAAGAAAAGAGUCUGGGUUUGCUGUGUCACAAAUUCCUUACACGUUUCACGGAUUGCAAGAACAUGGGCAAGAACAUCAGCCUGGACGACGUUUCAGCUGAGCUCAAUGUGGGACGCCGGCGCAUUUACGACAUCAUGAAUGUGUUUGAGAGCCUGCACAUGGUGAGCCGUUCCGCGAAGAACAGCUACACCUGGCACGGUCGUGCCAAUCUGCCUCAUACCCUGGCCCUGUUGAAGAAGGUGGGCGAGGAGCACAAGUACGAGCAACAGAUGCAGCAGAUCCUGAAAGGUCUGCCGAGCUCUGUGGUCAACCAGGAGGAAGAGAAGGAGAACAAGGAGGACCGGGACGUUCUGGAGCCAGAACAGAAGGAGCUGUUCUUUGUGGAACUUCCGGGAGUGGAGUUCAAAGCAGCGUCUGUCAACAGUCGGAAGGACAAAUCUCUUCGUGUGAUGAGCCAGAAGUUUGUCAUGCUCUUCCUGGUGUCAACGUCACGCAUGAUCAGUCUGGAUUUAGCCGCCAAGAUCUUGAUUGGGGAGCACCAAUUCGGAGAUCAAGAUAGAAGCAAAGUCAAAACCAAAGUGCGGCGACUGUACGACAUAGCUAAUGUGCUGCGGAGCCUAAAACUGAUUGAGAAGGUGCCUGUAAUGGAGGAGGGCGUGAAGAAAACAGGUUUCAGAUGGACCGGACCAGAAGAGUUCAUCACUGUCAAAGACUCUCCAAGUUCCUCUCCUCAGAAUGAACGAAAGCCCACAAACCCGAGACCACAGUCCUCACUAGACCACUGUAUCAAGAAUCUUUUUCCAUCACCCGGGACUAAGCGGGGAUUCACCCGCCACCCAUCCCUCAUAAAGCUAGCCAAACGCAUUCAUGAUGACCGCCGCAAGAUCAACUCCGCCCCCAGCAGUCCUGCGAAGAGUGACUCCAGAAAUACAGACCUCCCAAACAAAAUGGCCCAACUAGCUGCUAUCUGUAAAAUAGAACUGGACCAGUCGAAGAGCAGCGAGACUCUUUCAGAGCUCUGUACCGGAGACAAUUCUGAAUCAACUGUUCCCAGUUCAAGUGAGCCUGUCUUGAUCUCGACUGGAGACCAUCAAGUGAACAGAAAUGCGCAGGUCACACCCAGCACCCCGCUGCCUGGCCAAGCCCCUGGAGCCGUCACCCUCAUCCCUGCACACUGCUCACCACUGAUCCCGGUUCUGAUGCCUCAGCAGCAGGGCAGGGGGCCGUACACCGUCUACGUAUCAUCUAGCUCACUCAAACCGAACCCGCUUGCCCGACCUCAGCCCACCAGCCUGGCGGUCCGUUCCAUGACCUUCGAGGACAAGACUGGCCAGAGCCCUUUGGCUGCCAAGUUCAUGUCUGCUGUGUUAGACUCCAGUCCUGGAUCUCUUAAACGUCUGAGGCCUGAGUCCUCUUCAGAGACCAGCCCCUCCAAACUCAAGAGGGCAGACUCCAACUUACGGCAGAAUGCCUCUCCAAAGCUGUGUGAGAUCCUGCAGGCUCGCCUCAAGAACGGCCAUGCUGCUGCCCUUCACCCCAGCAGACCCUCGCCCCGCGUCCUCCACCUGGAUCCAGAGUUUGUCAACACACCCAGGAGCAAGGCUCAGAGCAGCCCAUCGUUGGAACACACUGUGGAGACCUUCAUUGACAAAGAUGACAAGCGAGGAACUCACAACAGGAAGGUGGCAUUGACACCUGUAAAUGUGCCAAUUGCACCCAGACCACCUCACUCAGAGACUCUGGUGCCGGCUGGAUACCUCAUUCCAAUAUCCCAGCAGGCCCUCCUCAGUUACAAGGAGCUUCAGGUCACCGCCGGAGAAAGUAAAAUCCCCUCGACUCCUGUUAACAUCUACCAGACUCCGACAGCAGGUUCCAGACCCCCUGUUAACCAGGAAGUCACACCCACCAGUCGCCCUUAUCAGACGCCAUCUUCGUCUGCUGCUGCUUCACCUACCGCUCUCCAAGUCAACGGUCCCAGCCCAGCCAUCCUCAACUUCACCAUGCAGAACCUGGACCUGAUUUCAGGCUCCAGCCAGGGUGUUCAGCAGACGCCCGAACGUGCCAACAGUCUGAGCAGCCCCCUGAGUCUGCAGCAGAGAGGGAUGGUCUUCAUCAAACCACUGUCUCCUCUGCAGCUGCAGCAGUCCGGCUCGCCACAGCAAGUGCAUCUGAUCAGUGUUCCUCAGUCCCUCAUGAACUCCCCCAAAGGAAUGGGUCUCCCCCAGCACAGUUACUUCCACACCCCAGUGUCCCUGUCGCCUCUGGCUACCAUGGUGGCCAAGACCAGACAGUCGGCCACCAAAACAGCUUACAUCCCUCAGAGGAAACUAGAUGUCUGCACGGAGGAGUCCUGAGAGCCUUGAAUUGCUUGAGUUUUUAGCUGGUGUGUGACCUGGGUGGGUGAUUUCUCUGUAAUUUAAUUGUUAGUUUUUACAAUUCUCAGCAAUUUGCCCUCAUCCUGGUGAACUUUAUUUUUUGCUUUUGAGUGUGAGACAUUCCCUAAAAUGAAUUGAUUUUAAGGCCAUGUUAUUUGAAGAUGUUAGGUAUUACAGGGCUGGAGUCAAAUCUCUGUUUUUGACUGAAAGACAAAUGAACCGCAACGUUGUUUGUCUCUAAGUGAAACCUGGUGACUUUUGCACAAUGUGUAACCCAAUUGGAAAAAAGAAGCAUAGAAUUUUGUGAUGACUAAUCAAAUGUUUGCAUUAAGUUUAAUUUAUAUUCAAUUUUUUACUCUGCUUAAUAUGGAAAUAAA